GCGAACAACAACGGGGAUGGAAACGACCGGUACGGAGGACAGUACGGCGCCCAAGACGGUGGUCAUCAAAAUCACGGAAGAGGGUACAAUCGCAAUGGGGGACAAUCACGACAAAGGAACAACUGGUGGGUCGAGAACCGGGAAAGGGAGAAGGGAGAAAGAUUCGAGAAAGUAUGGGACUUGUAUGCGGAGGAGAUGGCAACUAAGGAAAUGGCUAGGAGAGAGAAAGAGCGACUGACACGAGAAGAGGAGGAAAGGAAGAAAAUACAGGAGGCUGAGGAAGAGAAGGCCAGAGCGAAGAAGGAAAGAAGAUAAUUCGGAAGUAAAUUGGGCAGCAUGGUUAAAAGCAACAUGAAACAAGUCUGCGAAGAAGUUUUGAACACGAAAGCCUCGACAAGCGAGGUGGCUGUGGCAAGCACUAGUAACGAACUAUGGAAACGAGAGUACGAGAAAUGGAGGCAGGAAGACGCAGCGGCACGCGAGGAAAUCGAGAAAAAGAGAGGAGAAGAGAUUGCAAGACUAAAGAGGGAAAAUGAGGAUCUGAAGAGAAUGUGUCUAGGCAGGGCGGAGGGCGAACUCAAGGAUCUGAGAAAAGAUAACCAAGCGCUAAUACACGAUAUGCUGAUCCUGCGUGACGAAGUCAAGAAUCUGAAACGUGGUUGCAAACGCAGCGCCAAUGCGGUGAUUGAGAAGAGCCCACCCAAAGAACCAGCUAGAGGCCAAGUGAAGGCUACGAUGGAAGCGACGGUGAAAGGCAACUCAGCAGUCGUGGAGGAAGAACGAACAGCAGCACAAUGGGAGAAGUUCGCGGACACUUGCAGGAAGAUGCGUGUCAACAAGGAAAUGGCCGAACGAGAGUUAUCCGCUCUUAAAGAGAGGAUCAAUCGAAUUAAGAUAUGUAUGUCGCCAAGCACAAGAAGGAAGGUGUUUACAAAACGAAGAAUGUCGAGAAGUCCGUUGAAAGGAGCGACGGAGACGCAAGGAGGUGACAAGGUGAAGGCUACGUUUGUGAGAAAAGUUGGGGAGGAGCAAGAUGCUUUCCUCAAGCGAGUCUCCAAUGACCUUGGAAAGUUACUAAAGGCACAAAUGAAGAUUCUGUGUAAUGAAGAGCAUGUGACAUAUAACAGCAUCAAGAAGACGACCAAUGAACUGGCGUGGAUAUAUACGGCCAGGGUAUUUGGGAAUACGCUGCCGAGAUGGAAAAUUGGCGAAGACGACGAUGACAAUGACGAAAGAGAUGAAGACGAGGAGUUUGCCGAUGUCGUCGGAGGCUCUGGAGGUGAGUAUGUUGUUGAAGACUCGUUGUAGGGUUGCUUACGGGCGUAGGUACUAUUUAUUAUUCCGCUUUAUUACUCCGUGACUUGCGUCGAUCAAAGGCAGUCUUAGAGAAUGUGGUGCUGGAUAAUCUAUUUCGUUGGUACAUUAUUAGUUUGAUUCUCUCUUCUGCUAUUCCAUGGGCUACUAAGCUUAUUCCUCACAUCUCCAAUCUUCUAUGAUCUCAUCUCUUGUCCUGGCCCUAUCGUAUACGCUCUCGUCUCUCCUUGGUCCAAACACGUAUAUAUAGGUUGUACUACUCGCUCUAUCUCCAGAUGUUGGAAGGAACGUAUAUAUAGGGCUAAUGCAAAAAUAGGGUCUGCCAAGGUUAGGAAUCACCGACUUUAUAGAUGGCUUCGGAGACAAGGGAUAUAAGGAUAUGUAGCUAUUCCUAUAUCACACCCUCUUAACGAUGACAUAUUAGAGGUAGAGCAGUAUUUCAUUA